UGCGCAAGCCGGCGGCGCGCCUUCCCCCCAGCCCGCACCGCGCAUGCACGGGAAGGGGGGGUGCCGGUGGGGGUGUUCACGGCCGGCUAGACAUUCUGUGCUCGUGCAGGAGGAGGGCUGCUAUCAUCAGGGACGUGCACGAUUCCCCCCUACCCCGCCCCCUCCCCAAACUCCAAAAAAAAAAAAAAAUUCAAAACACAUUGCCACCCACCGUGCCCCCGCGCCCCGCGUCCAUCCCGUCCCCGGCCUGCGUGCAGUGAGCGUGGGGAGCCCACGGCGAGUGUCUGUGGCUGUGCCAGGCUGCAGGACUGGCGUGUCCCUGAUCAGAGUUAUUCUGAUCUGAAGAAUUUGGUGUUUAAAGCAUUAAGAUAAUAGCCUGAGUUGUUCAUGGAGUUUUUCAUCAGUAUGUCUGAAACCAUUAAAUAUAAUGACGAUGAUCAUAAAACUCUGUUUCUGAAAACACUAAAUGAACAACGCCUAGAAGGAGAAUUUUGUGAUAUUGCUAUUGUGGUUGAAGAUGUGAAAUUCAGAGCACACAGGUGUGUUCUUGCCGCCUGUAGCACCUACUUUAAAAAGCUCUUCAAGAAGCUUGAGGUGGAUAGCUCUUCAGUAAUAGAAAUAGAUUUUCUCCGUUCUGAUAUAUUUGAAGAGGUCCUGAACUACAUGUACACAGCAAAGAUUUCUGUGAAAAAGGAAGAUGUUAACUUAAUGAUGUCAUCGGGUCAGAUUCUUGGUAUCCGAUUUUUGGAUAAACUCUGUUCUCAGAAGCGUGAUGUAUCUAGUCCUGAUGAAAAUAAUGGCCAAUCAAAAAGUAAGUAUUGCCUCAAAAUAAAUCGCCCCAUCGGAGAUGCUGCUGACACUCAGGAUGAUGAUGUGGAGGAGAUUGGAGAUCAGGAUGACAGUCCUUCUGAUGACACGGUAGAAGGCACCCCCCCAAGUCAGGAGGACGGCAAGUCACCUACGACUACGCUCAGGGUUCAGGAAGCGAUCUUGAAAGAGCUGGGGAGCGAGGAAGUUCGAAAAGUAAAUUGCUACGGCCAGGAAGUAGAAUCCAUGGAGACCCCAGAAUCGAAAGAUUUGGGGUCCCAGACCCCUCAAGCCUUAACAUUUAAUGAUGGAAUGAGUGAAGUGAAAGACGAACAGACGCCAGGCUGGACAACGGCUGCCAGUGACAUGAAGUUCGAGUACUUGCUUUACGGCCACCAUCGGGAGCAGAUCGCCUGUCAGGCAUGUGGGAAGACAUUUUCUGACGAAGGCAGAUUGAGGAAACAUGAAAAACUCCACACGGCGGACCGGCCGUUUGUCUGCGAAAUGUGUACAAAAGGUUUUACCACACAGGCCCACCUGAAAGAACACCUGAAAAUCCACACGGGGUACAAGCCCUACAGUUGCGAGGUGUGUGGGAAAUCAUUUAUUCGCGCCCCAGACUUAAAGAAGCACGAGAGGGUCCACAGUAAUGAAAGACCGUUCGCCUGCCACAUGUGUGACAAAGCCUUCAAACACAAGUCCCACCUCAAAGAUCACGAACGAAGACACAGAGGGGAAAAGCCUUUUGUGUGUGGCUCCUGUACCAAGGCAUUUGCCAAGGCUUCUGAUCUGAAAAGGCACGAGAACAAUAUGCACAGUGAAAGGAAGCAGGUGACCCCCAGUGCCAUCCAGAGCGAGACAGAACAGUUGCAGGCGGCGGCCAUGGCUGCUGAGGCCGAGCAGCAGUUGGAAACAAUAGCCUGUAGCUAGAGGUGACGGGACAGGAACACUUUGCCUGAGCCGUGGAGACUGAGAUUGCAUUGUUCGUAAUACAGGAACGCCAGUCACUGUAUUUUUGUGGAAACUUACAAGCAUUAUACUCACUGGACUUAAGGCAGUGCUUGGUUAGGUAUUUUUAAAACUUUUCAAGGAAAUAACAUUCCUUGUUUCUGGCCAAACCGUUUCACUGUCCUGUCUGGUGUCUGGUGUUAUUGUUGCCAGGAAGCCCCCCUCCUCUUUUUUAUGAUUUUAAUUUGAGAACUCCUGUGUCCAGUACAGAAGUGAGAGACUUUCAGUCCAUUUUUAAUUCCUCUCUACACUUGCUGCACUGGUGAGUGCACUGCAUAGAGUGAGAAUUGAGUAAAUUGAUUUCCUAAUCAUCACAAUUACAAGUGACUUAUGGUCAAAACGGCAUUUUUAAUAACUUAAUAAAAGUACUUCAUGUAGAUGCAGAAAAUAUUGGUGGGUGGUUGGCCAACAACACUGCGCAGAUAUGAAAACAAGUUCUGGAAAUGCAGAAUGGUCUUAGAUUUACAAUUGGUUUGUUAAUUUUAUAUCACUCUUUUUCACGGUUUUUGUGGACAAGUAAUGGUUGCUUUGCUGAAGUGUUUCUUUAUCCAUUUUUGAUUGCCUGUCCCUUCCCCAAAAGAUGUAGUCGCAAGUCCUGAUGGCGGAGCAAGCCCACAGGGAUGUUGGUGGUCUGAGGGCUGAGUUCUCGCGUUCCUAUUGUUUGGGGCAUUGCUACUCUGCAACGGAUGGGGUUUGUGGAGUGGACCAGUGGUGAGCAGAUUAGAAAAGGGUGCAUAAGAACCUGGCUCUCAGAGGCAAGGUUUUCACAUUUGCAACGAUUCCAAGAUUUUCUAGAUCAAAAUAAUUCUUAAUUGAUUUUGAAAUUGAAUUUUUAUUUAGGAUCAAAAUUAGGACAUUUGCCUAAUUUUGCCACUUCAGAUACAUAUGUGUAACUUAACAUGAUGUCAUCAUGCUUUUGGGCCCUGUGCAGCACACAAUUUAUCCAUAAAGGAGAUGCAAUAUCCUUACCUAAAUUAGUACAUUUAAAAUCUUUUAAGUGUGUAAAUAGUAUAGAAGUGUUGGUCUUAUGUAUUUCAAGUAAAAGUAGACAGCUGCACUUUUUUUGCACAUUGGAUUAAAAUAACUUCCAUCAGCAACCAACAUCAGUCUGUUUUUAACCAAUAUUAAAGAUUGUCAGACCAAAUGUUUAUGUUUCUGAAAUAUAUUUCAUCACUGGUUACAGUUUUAAGUAGAAGUUGAUUGCCUUUUCAUAGCUGUAAACAGAAUUAUAAACACUUCCAAUUUUGGUGUACGAAAAUUUUUUAUCAUUUCUUUAGGAAUAUAUUGAAAUACCAACAAUAAUUUGAAUUAUAUUCUGUAAUAAAAUAUUGGUUAUUUUAGAGUGUACAGUUUUAGAAAAAUGUCAAUUUUUAAAAUUUAUUUUUGGUUGCUAGGAUUUUUUUUUAAGAUACAUUAAAGUAAUUUCAUUUCAUAGCUUGUUGCAUUAACACCUGUAAUUACUAUUGUGGGAGAAAUUUUAUUUUUUAACUUGAUGUAUAUGUUAUGCCCAAGAUUGUAGGAUGAAGAUGCUACCUUUUUAAGAGCCUUAUUUAUUGGUAAAAUGUUUAAUUUAGUUUAAAAUUAAUUUAAUUUCUUUUCUUAAAAGUUGUUUAUUCUGCCCUAAGAAUAGUCCUGUCACUGUGUUUAUAUACUGUUAGUAUAAGGGGAACUGAUUGCUGUUCCUGGGCUGUUUUAACCAAAGCAAAGGAAAAAUAAUUUAACAUCUUGUUGAUAGCCACUCAGCAAACCAUUUUUUGGGCCUUCGUUUUUGUACAUAAAAGAAAGUAUACUUCUA